UCAACUUCCAAGUAAAGCUUGUGAGGAGAUUUGUUUCUUGACCACAUAAAUGCCAAAGCAUCAUAGUCUCCUGCUAAUUAAUAGUGUUUAUGUGUUAAUUAGAUGACUAAAUACGAAUGUAAUCAUAAUCAAGAGAGCAAGCAUUCAAAAACUCUUUACUCGCUUUCCAUUGCCACCAAUAUGCAAUUUAGACCCUCAAGAACGCAGAAACAUUAAAAUCAUGAAACUUUCCUUUUAUGGAAACCCGCAGGAUCUUGAUCCCAUCGCCCUCUUUAAAUACCCAUUAAUUAAGUGUUCAAGCUCAUGCCGUCUUUCUCCUUCAUAACCUCCAUUGUUCUUGAGGAUGAUUGGAUUUGAUAACACUGUGGCCAGAGACGUAGCGAGAACGCAUCGCCGGGACCGGCUCACGCUCUUCGGGGACGAGAUCUUGGAGAUCCCUUCCGUCGAGCUGAACUUGUUCGGGACAGGUAACCCGAUAUCUCCCCGCGUCGGGGAGUCGGCAGGUCCCGAGGGAGAUUCGGGUAGCUCCAUUCGGGUAGCUGUGGAGAGGAGGAAGUACAUUUGCAGGUAUUGCAGGAAGAAGUUCUCUAACUCGCAAGCCUUAGGCGGUCACCAAAACGCUCACAAACGCGAGAGAGCGAUCCUGAAACGGGAGCAAGAGGCUGUCAGGAUGCGUAUCGAUCAGUUGCUUUACUCGAAUCCGUAUCCGUACUCGCGCCAGUACCCGUAUCCGUACCCGACCCUGUCCUCCUCCCCCUCCCCUUUCUCGGCUCUUGGGCGACCCCCGGUUAACCAUUUGGGGCUUAGCCCUCAGUCCUUCAUCCAUAAACCCAAUUAUACACCCCCUGUUUACACCCGGAACAACUCAUGGCCAAGGACUAACUUUGCGGGUCUAAGGGUGGAUCCAAACCAUGGGUCGGGUCAGCUUUGGGCACAGACCAGAGGAGUAGCAAUCCCACCCCAUUUUGCGCAGCAGCCGUUGUUUCCUCAACCGUUCAUGGCCUCAGGCCAAGUCACCAAUCCUUUCAUGGGUUUGGACCUUCGCCCGAACCGUGGCCAAGUCACUGCACCUCUCAUGGGUGCGGACCUUCGCCUGAGCCAAGAAGCUCAUGCUCAAGCCGGAGCACGACGAGGAGGGUUAGCCAUAGAACCAGCGGCAGCCGCCGGGCAAGAGGAGGACCACUCUCUGCCUAAUCUCUCACUCAACCUGUGAAGCUCUCAAGCUUCUCUUAUGUCUCCCUUGCUUAGGACCGCCUCUGUCGUUUCUUUCUCCUGUC